GAACUUUCUCUUUCUCUUUCUCUCUAUCAGACAUUAGGUUGCCCCAUUUCCACUCAACUUCAUACCCAUCUUUGUUGUUUCUUUUAUAUACGUAUAUAUCCCAGAUUUAAGAUUUUAACAAAUCAAAGCUCCCUUUGCCUUUACACAGUGUAAAUAAGGACCCAGAGAAGUACAUUUAUCCUCCUACAAGUUUUCAUAUUAUACAUACACUAGAACAACCAAACUUUGGAUGCAAGCAAACCCUAUAUUGUUUCUCCUUCCUUUCUUCAAACUCACUGUACUAAUUUUUAGAAAUGCUUCUUUCUUCGUUCAUUAUUUAUUUUCAGCUCUCUCUCUCUCUGAUCUCUCUCUAGAUCUCACUAAUAUAGGAGCAAGCAGCAGCUAUGGAGGAAUAUUCAACUAAAUCAAGUAUGCAUGCAGAGGAGUAAAAGUGAAUAGGAAUUUGAUUCCUCCCCAAACCUUGAGGCAGAAUAAUUUAGCAGCUGCUAGCUGCCUAUAGGGGACAGGCUACACAAGAAACAAAUUAUUCUAAUUUGGAGUAGUGGGCAUAUAACUGUGUAAACAAACAAGGGAAAUGACUCACUGCAAUGAUCUUGGUCAGGAAGACCAAACAAUCAUUGCCAAAGAUGGCCUAACCACCAGAACAUGUCCUUCAUGUGGUUAUCAGAUCAAAUACCAACAACAGGCCGGAAUUCAAAACUUGCCCGGGCUGCCAGCCGGAGUGAAGUUUGAUCCUACGGAUCAAGAGGUGCUUCAACAUUUGGAGGGGAAGGUCUGGAGUAGUACUGAUAUUGCUGCAGGCAAUAAGCUCCACCAUCAUCCUCUGAUAGAUCAGUUCAUCCCUACAAUUGAAGGGGAGAAUGGAAUUUGCUACACUCAUCCACAUAAGUUGCCAGGAGUUAGCAAAGAUGGGCUGGUACGCCACUUCUUCCAUCGACCUUCCAAGGCUUACACAACAGGAUCUAGGAAAAGGAGAAAGGUGCACACUGAUAGGGAUAGCAGCGGCGAGGGGGGCGAGACGCGGUGGCACAAGACAGGCAAGACCAGACCAGUAUUUGUUGGUGGCAAAGUGAAAGGGUACAAAAAGAUACUUGUGCUCUACACAAACUAUGGGAAGCAAAGAAAGCCUGAGAAAACCAACUGGGUAAUGCACCAGUACCACCUUGGCAAUAAUGAAGAAGAGAAAGACGGAGAGCUUGUGGUGUCCAAGGUGUUCUACCAAACACAACCUAGACAAUGUGGGAACUCAGGUAUGAAGGACUUGAUUAAUAAUAACUCUGCCAAAUUGAUGAAGGGACAAAGUGGGCACAAUGAGGCACUUGUUCAGUAUUGUAAUAAUGCUAAUUCCUUCAUAUCCUUUGAUCAAAAUGGCCAAGAUAGAUCGAGCAGUAAUCCUCAAAUAAUUCCUCAUCAUUUUCCUCUUCAUGAUGGGUCGUUUGUUUCUUUGAAAUAAGGAAUGAGUGGGAGGUAAUAAAGGACAAAAGAGUAUACACAUUCGUUCAAUAAAGGCAGGUCUGGCCUAUUGUUGGCUCUGAAAAUUGUGAAUGAUGAAGUAGUUAUUUCGUAUGCUGAUUUAGGAGGUGAUAUGUCGUAGGGUGAUACAAUAAACAAAAGUAUUUGGCCUUGGGGCCGGGGGAGAGGGAAGAAGGUGAUAACCUUUUUUUUUUUUUUUUUUUUUCCCAUUUAAAUUUAUGUUUACAUAGUUGGUAAAUGUACAAUGAACACAAAUGUGUAAUGUAUGCAUGUCCAUCCAAAGACUUGAAGAUUUGGUCAUGCUCUGUAAGUGACAGAAAGUUGUAAACAUCACAUGACCCUUUGAUUUGGGGAAGUGUAAAUUAUAAACUAAGCUAUACAAAGAUGAUUCUUACGUUAAAGUAGUAUAAGGUAGAGUGUAGCAUUCAUUCUCCUUACUUUCAAGUUGUAGUGAUUACUCAAUUUAUAUAAAACGAUCCUUCCAUUUUUUCAGAAAAUGCUUGAAAAA